GGUGCCUACAAAGAAGUUGAAGAAGUAUGAGAAGGAAUAUCUGGCAAUGCGAGAGAGUCAGCUGCAACAGGAAGACCCAAUAGAGAGAUACAAGAGAGAGAACCGGCGGCUGCAGGAGACCAGCAUGAGGCUGGAGCAAGAGAACGAUGACCUGGCGCAUGAACUGGUCACCAGUAAGAUUGCUUUGCGCAAUGAUCUGGACCAGGCAGAAGACAAGGCGGAGGUAUUAAAUAAAGAACUUCUUCUGACUAAACAGAGACUGAUAGAAACAGAGGAGGAGAAGCGCAAACAGGAAGAGGAGACAGCGCAGCUGAAGGAAGUCUUCAGGAAACAACUAGAAAAGGCAGAGCAGGAAAUUAAGAAGACCACGGCUAUCAUAGCGGAGUACAAACAGAUAUGUUCCCAGCUGAGCACACGGUUGGAAAAACAACAAACGGCAAGCCGGGAGGAACUUGAGAUCCUCAAGGCCAAGGUGAUGUCCUGCAGCCACUGCAGCGAGAUCUUCAGUAAGGAGGGGUCGGCGCAGAGCUCCAGCAAAGACAAGGCAAGUGACAUAGGAGAUGACGAGAAAGACUCUCUGAUGAAGCACUUGCGGGAGAUGGAGCUGGAACUGGCACAGACUAAACUGCAGCUGGUGGAGGCCAAGUGCAAAAUACAGGAGCUGGAGCAUCAGCGAGGAGCGCUGCUCAACGAGAUCCAAGCUGCCAAAAACUCCUGGUUUAGCAAAACCCUGAACUCUAUUAAAACUGCCACAGGGACCCAGCCCACCGCACAGUCUCCCCAGGGAGCCCAAGCUUCCAGCCCCGUUCUGCAGGCCCCCAAGGAGAGCACAUAA